CUGUCAGUGGCCAGGCCACAAAAGAAGCCAGAGGGGAAGUCGGUGGUUGGAUUUCAGUUGGGUCUGGAGACGCAGCCAUUCAGCCGGGAUUGGCUGGGCUUUUCUCAGCCUGGCCGGACCUGCCCAUGGCAAAGAGGAUAAAGGCAGGACAGCUGAAGGGAGGAUCAAGAGUCCAGUGAAAGCCCAGGUGCUCCAACUUGCCAAGAGGCAGAACUGGCCGUCCCAUCAAGGAUGCUGCUCACCUGGACUUGGGUGCUGGCCUUCGGGAUGAUGGCCAGGCAAGGGGAGGCCCAGAGCUGCACUCAAGCAUACGGAGGUCCUAACUUGGCCCGUGGUCGGCCAACUGAACAGUCCUCCACAUACACACACACCGAUGGGAUCUCUGGACGGUCAAGCAAUGCUGUGGAUGGGAACUGUGAUGGGCGGUGGAUCGCCAAAUCCAUCACUCACACAAAUGGCGAGCUCAAUCCCUGGUGGUCCGUGGACCUGGGCAGAGAAUAUGCCAUCUCACUUGUGGUGGUGAAAAACCGGCAGGACUGCUGUGGAGAGAGAAUCCAGGGGGCCACAAUCCAUCUGGGAGACCACAUGGGUGACUUCAGCCAAGGAAGCUUCAUGUAAGUCU